GCCGGGGCUGCGCUCUGGGGCUCGGUUCUCAGCACUGCGCGGAGGCAGCCCCGGCGAGCGGCCGGUGCGCACCGUCUGGAGUAGCCAGGGCGCGCCAGGGCGGCGAUCUCUGCACCGCACGAGCGUUUGCCGCCCGCCCUGACUUUUCGUUCCAGUUGCGACUUCUCCCGGGCAACAUGUCAAGAGCCGCCGCCGCUACAGCCGCCGCCGCCACCCGGGAAAGAUCAGAAGCAGCAGCGAUGGUGGCGGUGGUAGCCGCGGGUACACGAGGGCAAUAAACCGAGCCGGCUGUCUGGGUGUCCAGCGGGCCAGGGGACCCUCUCCGCGCUCACUGCUCCGCUGGGCUUCGCGCCAUGUGCUGAGCCAUGCCUCGGGCCGUGCCCGCGGGCAGCGCAUGGGGCAGCGCUUGAGCGGCGGCCGACCCUGCCUCGAUGUCCCCGGCCGGCUCCUACCGCAGCCGCCGACGCCCCCGCCGCCGGUGAGGAGGAAGCUCGCGCUACUCUUCGCCAUGCUCUGUGUCUGGCUCUACAUGUUCCUGUACUCGUGCGCCGGCUCCUGCGCCGCCGCGCCCGGACUGCUGCUGUUGGGCUCCGGGUCCCGCGCGGCGCACGCCUCGCCAGCCCUGGCCACUGCUCCGAAUGGGACGCCGUCCAGGUUGCCUUUCCGGGAACCCCCGGACACCGCCCUGGCUGCAGGACAGGCGGAGGGCGCAGCGAGCCAGGAAGAGCAGAGUCCCGAGGCGCCCGACUCCCCCAGCCCCAUCUCCAGCUUCUUCAGCGGGUCCGGGAGUAAGCAGCUGCCGCAGGCCAUCAUCAUCGGCGUGAAGAAGGGCGGCACGCGGGCGCUGCUGGAGUUCCUGCGCGUGCACCCCGACGUGCGCGCCGUGGGCGCCGAACCCCACUUCUUCGAUCGCAGCUACGACAAGGGCCUCGCUUGGUACCGGGAGCUGAUGCCCAGGACCCUGGACGGGCAGAUCACCAUGGAGAAGACGCCCAGCUACUUCGUGACGCGGGAGGCGCCGGCGCGCAUCUCGGCCAUGUCCAAGGACACGAAGCUGAUCGUGGUGGUGCGCGACCCGGUGACCAGGGCCAUCUCCGACUACACGCAGACGCUGUCCAAGCGGCCCGACAUCCCCAGCUUCGAGAGCCUGACGUUCCGCAACCGCAGUGCGGGGCUCAUCGACACGUCUUGGAGCGCCAUCCAGAUCGGCAUCUACGCCAAGCACCUGGAGCACUGGCUGCGCCACUUCCCGCUCGGCCAGAUGCUCUUCGUGAGCGGCGAGCGCCUCAUCCGCGACCCUGCGGGCGAGCUGGGCCGCGUGCAGGACUUCCUGGGCCUCAAGCGCAUCAUCACCGACAAGCAUUUCUACUUCAACAAGACCAAGGGCUUCCCCUGCCUCAAGAAGGCCGAGGGCAGCAGCAAGCCGCACUGCUUGGGCAAGACCAAAGGCAGGACCCACCCCGACAUCGACCCCGGCGUGGUGCAGAGGCUGCGCGACUUCUACCGGCCCUUCAACCUCAAGUUCUACCAGAUGACCGGCCAGGACUUUGGCUGGGAUUGAAACAGACCCAGCUUGCGUCAUUUCCCCACCCCCACCCCCACGUGGCUUAUCUAUUGAGAGAGAUAUUAUAUGUAUGUAAAAUGUACAGAAAUCUAUUUUAUAAUAAUUUAUUUUUUAAUUCAUGAGCAAUUAAUUCACUAAGCUGCCUAGCCACGCUCUGUACGAAGAGAGAGAUUAGCUUCAUCUUGGGUUCACAUUCCAAAGUGUUGAAUGCGGAGACUUAGUUCUAUUUCCUCACAAUUGAUGGUGCUUCCGUCGUGUCUCCUCCUCUCCCCGAGCCCCCCCUCCUCCCCCCCCAUGAUAUUUAAAAAAAAAAAAAGAAGAAGAAAAGCACAAUUUUUGUUGUUACGGGUAUUCAAACUUCGGCCGCCCCUGUUGUGGUGGUCGAUCGUGAUCCCCUUGUGUCUUGGGUCUCUCUGAUUUCCAUCUCUCUUUCUUGCCUGUGUCCCUCUGUAGGUAUGCCCUGAGCGUCCCCCCACCUCCACCUCCAGUGCUGAUUCAGAAGCAUUUUUAUUCAUGUGGUGCCAUUUCUGACAAGUUAGAUUACAACCCACCAGCAGGCAUGUCCUGUCUCCUCCCUUGCCCCUUCUCUGCCCCUUAGCCAAUCACCUCCUUCAUGGGGACAUUGAAUGACAGGGUCCAUGUACUUUAGUUUUGAGGAUGAAGGAUGGCCCUGCAUCUCCUCUGCACUAUGCCUUCCCUGGUCCAUUACCCAGCUCCAAGAGGAUGCGAAUGUUAGUCCCUCCUCCUUCCCAGUCACACCUAUGAGAUGGCCUGGGUGCUCCUUUAGAAAAAAAAAAAAAGCUGUGCUCAUUUGCAUGAGCGUGCCCUGGGCUCCUUUCUCCCAGCAGGUAGUUCAGCUGUGACACACCAAAGAACCCCAAAAGCUGACAAAGUCACCCUCUCAAACCCCGGAAGACUGAGUGUAGACACCCAGAGGGGUCAGGGGCACACUUUGCCAUGGGCAUGGGCAUCUACCUAUCAAGAUGUUAGUAGGUAUGGAGCCAGCCAGUGUGAGACAAAAGGCUCAGAAAAAAAGACUCAGAAAUGCCAGGCUGCCUGGCCAUAGGUAUGGGAUUCCUGGCACCCCAGCUUGAUGUCUCUUUGGAACUCUUAGCUCAUCCCAGGAUGACAAGAUGGUUCCCAACAGCACCAACCAAGGGUGGUUCUUCUACAGAUAGAUUGGGAAAGCCAGCCCAGUGUUGCCUGCAGGUCCUCGAGCCGGGUCCUGGCAGGAGUGUUGCUGGCAUUGUUACUGCUGUGCAGGUGGCUCUGCUCAUGUCUCUGUGUUCAGAGUGCACUUGGGGGUCAUUUAUAAUAACUAGGUAUAGUGGCACUUGGCUAACUCUAUGGCGAUAUCACAUAAUGACAUAUUCUGUUAAUCCGCCACUUCCUGCAACCAGAAUGCUUCUCCCACACAAAGAUUGGCAUUUAAAUGAUACUUUCAUGAAGGAAGACAUGGGAAGGCACACAGAUUGUCAAAAAGUGAGGGUGUUGUGAUAUUUACAAAGGGUUCUUUGUGUAUGUUUUCUGGGAGAACUUGCCCAUAGGGGUAAGACAAAUUGUAUGACACCAAGAGAGGUCAUUUCUCCAAAGAAAUUGAUCAGAGGUCACUGGUCUACAGGCAAUAUUGAUGAUAUGGUUAGUGUUUGUCUGCAUGGUUUAGAUCAGGUGUAGCCAGCUUGUGCUUAGCAGCAAAAGCAUUACUGACCAGGUAGGCAGAGGCUCUGCGUAUACCUUAGAUGUCUGAUUCUUCUUCAUAGUCUCUGCAAGUUACCGCAACACAGUGUAUUUGUAUUUCUGCACUUGGAUGGCUUAGGUGUGAAAUACUCUCAUAUAAAAGGUGCUAAUCUCGUGGGGACUUCUCCAUUUGGAAGGUUCAUUUGAAAUGGACGCCGGAGCCCCUCUUUUCAGUUACUGUCUAUCCUUGCAAGAAAUAAAUGGCAACUAUCCAAGACCCUAACCUAGGCCUGCUCUGUUCUCACCACCAGAUCUGAACCAGGGUGCAUUACUUCAGAGAGUUCAGAUAGAAGCUUAGAACUGAACCUUCAGGUUCUUGUCCUCUUUCCAAGUUGGUCAAUUUCUGAUCACUAUUCCCUGUGCUUAAACCAAACUGACAUAGGAAAUGCAGAGAUAGGAAGGUGAUCUCUUAGUCACAAACACUGAAGUAGAACAAAAUUCUUUUUUUUUUUUUCCUUUCUCUUUUUUGCUGGUCCUGGGGCUUGAACUC